GAAGAUGAACAUUUCACAAAAACAAGCAUGGCUGGGAAUGUGAGCGGCGCAGCGGGACCAAUAAGUUCUCUGUCUAAGCUUCAGUCUUUAAAUGGCUUGUUCGCCAUAUAUAAGAAACAAGGGCCGACAUCUGCUGAUGUGUUAAACAAGUUCAAAGAGACUUUGCUCAGAGAGGCGGGAGUGCAGAACCCAAACAGCAGAAAGAGGAAGAAGCAGUACCUGAAGAUGGGCCACGGAGGGACCCUGGACAGCGCUGCCAGCGGGGUCUUGGUUGUCGGUAUUGGGAACGGGACAAAAAAGCUCAGCACGAUGUUGACUGGUUCAAAGAAAUACGUGGCUGUUGGAGAACUGGGAAAAGCAACAGAUACCUUUGAUGCCACUGGAACGGUGAUCAUGGAGAAAGAGUUUGAGCACAUAACCAGGCUGGACAUGGAGGAGAAGUUAAAAGCUUUUACCGGUGACAUCAUGCAGGUUCCUCCACUCUUCUCCGCCCUGAAGAAAGACGGCCAGCGUCUGUCUGUGUUGUUGAAGAAAGGUCACCAGGUGGAGGCCAAACCUGCACGGCCCGUCACCGUGCACAGCCUGACUCUGCAGGAGUUCAAACCUCCUCUCUUCACUCUCGAUAUCGAAUGCGGUGGAGGGUUUUAUGUCAGAAGCCUGGUGGACGACCUGGGAAAAGCUCUGUCGUCAUGUGCUCAUGUGAAGGAGCUGGUCAGGAUGAAGCAGGGCCAGUUCACCCUGCAGGAUCACGUGCUGCAUGAGGAGCAGUGGACGCUGCAGAGCGUCGUUGGGGCGCUGCAGCCCUGCCCAGAGGAGGACCAGAGGAUGGACUCUCCCAGAUCCCCACAGAUCCCUACCUAACAGCUGGCAUCGGGCAAAAGGAAGAGCCGUUUGGUGCCAUCCUCUACCUGCUUUGUCCUCCAGAGAGAAGAUCAGAUGUAAACAUCUGAGAUCGUUUGGUUUGUUUAGUGACUGGUGGCAAAAAACUGACUGAUGGUAAAACCAUCGUUGCUCUCCUGGAGGUCAGUGGACUAGUCUGAACUGCACUGACUCUGCUUUUUGCGGUUGGUUAAAUAUAAUUAUUGCUUUUGUUGAAGGUGCAGUUUAACUAUUAUUUGAAUUGUUUUUCUUUUACAUAUUUGUUAAAACUGUCACCAUGUAGUGACAGUUUGACAUAACCUGAAAAUAUCGAUCUCCACCUCCUCCCUGAGCUAUUAUUGAUCUGCAGAAAUGCACCGUACCCGACCAAAAACAACAAAUCAGAGCCAGGAGGCGGGUCUUAGCGCUAUCAUUGAAUGUCAUGCACUCGCUGAUCAGUGCGCUAAUGGCUGGAGAAAUGACUUUACCUGCCACACAGUGCCACAUGAAAUAGUGAUUGACAACAGUAAGACCCUCCUGGCUCUGAUUGGUUUCUGGGUUGUUGUUGUUUUUGUUUGUCUCAUAUUGUCAUGACAUGGUGACAGUUUAUACAAAUAUUACAAACUUAGAGCCUUAGGGACCAUUAUCCUCAUUGAGCCUUUUCAUUUCACAGCAUCAUUCAAAUUAAGUUUAUGGACUUUCUUGCUGUAAUAAAUGUCUCCACAAGA